GCCCACUUGGCUACCGAGGGCGCCCUAGCCCUACAUGAAGUUUGUUUUGGUUGAGAAACGAUGGCUUCAGUUGACAAUGCAACUCCAGAGAAGCAGCCCGAGGAGUCCUCGGACGCUGUCCUGUCGCCUGACAACAACGGCGCACCGGAGGAGUCGGUUCCAGAAUUGCUAGGAAAGGCACCUGACUUGGCCGCAACGAUGGAAGAAGCGAGCGGCGAGCCUCCGAGGAAGAAGCCGGGUGUCGAGUUACAUUCCUUGCCAACGAGACAGUACCUAGACCAGACAGUUGUGCCUAUUUUGCUGCAGGCUCUUUCAACUCUUGCCAAAGAAAGGCCACCAGACCCAAUCACUUACCUGGCGAACUACCUUCACAAACACAAGGGGAACUUCGAUUCCAGUAAUUAGCUGUGAAUUGCAAUAUUUGAUUUGUUGAUCACUGCAGCAUUUUCUGUUAAUUUUGUAAAAAUUCUCACAAUUACGGGAUCAUAACCAAGUAAGAGCACCAAUCGGAUAAUUUUAUAAGACCAAAAAUCCUUGCGAUUUUGUUGAGAUUCGUUAAUUCAAAUUUGAAUUGAUUCGUCACUUUUUAGAAAUGUUUUCGUAAAUUAAGGACUAAUAUUUUUAUAUGGAAAGUAAAGACAAUUAGCAGAGUCAAGAUGGUUAGUUAUAAUAUGACAUUUUUAAGCUAAAAGUUGCAUGUUUUAUAGAAAAGCCAAAGCGGCUGUUGAUUUGCUGUUGGUAUUAUUCGCAAAAUUGGCCGUUAAAGUUCAGUCUCUGUGGUUUUAUUUGUCAAAAAUAAAAAGCAAUCGAAAUUGUAA